AUGCGAGAUUACGAACCAAGAAUCGAGAAGUAUACGGGCUUGUUAAUGAGUCAGCUGCAACAGAGAUGUGGGAAGCCGGUCGAUAUUACUGACUGGUGCGGCUUCUAUGGUUUCGACGUCAUGGGCGACCUCGCAUUUGGCAAGAGCUUCAAUAUGCUUAAUGACGGAGUCAAGCAUUACUACAUGGAGCUGACGCAAAUGUCUACCCUAUGGGGAAGCCCAAUUGGUCGAGCUUCUUGGCUCUAUCUACUUGUUAAGGAUAUACCCAUCCUGAAUCGCCAGAUUGUACAAUUUCUAAAAUGGCUUCGAAAACAUGUCGAUCAGAGGAAAAAGAAUGAGCCACACCUUCCCGACUUGUUCUCCUGGCUCCUGAAUGCCUACAAAGAACAAUCAGUCCACACGAAGCAAGACGAUCUCAACCUAUUGGGUGAUGCACACCUCAUUGUGGUUGCAGGGAGCGACACUACUUCGACAACCAUGACAUGUGCACUGUUUGAGCUGGCACGCCAUCCCCUUGUCUAUCAGAAGUUACAGAAAGAGGUUGACGAGUUCUUGAAGCAAGGGGACUCUCCUCAUAGCCACAGUGCUCUUGCCAAACUCAAGUACCUCCAAGCUAUCAUUGACGAGACGAUGCGGCUGUACCCAGCUAUUCCAUCAGGCCUGCAGAGAAUCACACCCCCGCAGGGCCUGGAAAUUGACGGAACAUUUAUCCCAGGAAACACCAUUAUACAAACACCUACAUAUACAUUAAACCGAGACGAAAGAUGCUUUGCACGCCCCAACGACUUCAUUCCUGAGCGAUGGACAACACAACCCGAUCUCGUCCGCGAUGGUUCAGCAUUUGCCCCUUUCUCCAUUGGCCGUUAUUCCUGUGCUGGAAAACAACUUGGACUUCUUGAAGUUCGGCAUGUUCUAACCCAGAUUGUCUCCAAGUUCGACAUCCGCCUUGCGCCAAACCAAACAGCCAAGGCUUUCCAAGACGGGCUAGCAGACGGGUUUACACUCCUUUGUCCCAAGCUGGAAAUGAUUUUUGAAACACGGGGAACCUGA